CUUUGUUCUCCCCUCUUCUGUAUGAAUGAUCCUUGACUGUAUGACGUAGUUAUGGGAGAGUGACGCGCCCAUUGAUUUAAUGAUGGGGUUCUAUGAUCCUGUGGUUUGAGAUACUAUUUAAGCAUGUGUCCUAGCUAUUUCAGAUCCUAGUAUCCAUUCUCGAUCUGACAAGCCUAUCUGAUUCUGUGAUAAAUGAUGCCAUGCCAUUCUCCCAGUGUCUUGUACAAUCGCCUUGCUAAUUACAAUGAGAGAUGUCUAUAUCAGAUCUCUCAACCCAUAUCAUUGGUAUACUGUGGAACUAAAUACCAAACUUAUACCCACCAUACACGUAAUUUAUUAUAUAAAGCUACUGCCACACUGUAAGGUCAUAAUGCCACCCAUGAUGUAUUGGACUUGAUAGACACUACAACAACACAGACGACUUUAAGUCUAGUGGUCUCCAGAGCCUAUUCGUUGCCCCCCCCCUACCAGUAACCACAGUAUACCAAGAUCUGCUUUAGGGACCGGCACUUGCUUCGACUGAGAGAGCUGAACAAGCCAAGACUGUGUACGGGCAGACAAAAGAAAGCAGAGAGGAACUUACAUGUAUAUGAAAACUUAACCAUGCUUUUUAUUUUCUCCCCCAUAUUGGACUAUCCUCUAUUAAACUUAUCUCUGUUAUUUGUGUGUGUGAUUUGUUGUAGUGGAGAAGGCAAAAGCAGAGCCCCCUCCUUGAUGGCUGAAAGUGGUCCUCUGCCUGCCAACAGGGGAUUGUAGACAAUUACAAAAGGCCAGCAAGCAUUCAAGCAGCCCCCCAACCCCUUCUCUUUCUCUUUUUCUGUGUCCUUUCUUUCUCUCAUUUUCUAUUCUCUAUGUAUUUUAGUUUAAGUGGAAUGCAGUAGUUUAGAUAUUACCAUAAGGCAGAUCACAUGUAUAACACAUGUUAUUUGACUACUCACAAGUCUAUUUAUCAAAAUAGGUAUUUUAAUAAUCUGACCUGUAUAACAUCCAAUCUAAUUCUCAUUGGAUCCAAAUGGUCACUGAACAGUACACAUACAUCUCAAUGAUACGGCUAUUGCUACACCUGCAUUUCAUACUUUUUUCACCUUUAGCGUUAAGGCACUUCCUGGUUUUGGGAGUUGGGUGAACCCUUGUCGCAAUCUAGUGUCCAAUUUUUUAGUUUAGAUAAAAAUUAGAUGCACUCACUCAACACUCGCUAUCCCUCAAAUUGGCAGAUUCAAAUAACUAGGCUGUGUGUUUUCUAUGUUGACCAGUGAUACUGUACUUUAAGGUUGCUGACUAUCUAGUUGUCGUUAAUUGUCUUAGAUAUCCACCCACAUGACAAUGGCAACUGGUUCAGUGCGCUCUCUUUUAACAGUGGUCUUUCUUUUUUGUUGUUGUGUUUUACAGUUCUUUUUCCUGGCUCAGCCAGUCCUGUAAACCAGGCCCUGCUGAAAAUACCACCCAACCGUUUUGUCUCCUGCAGCUAAAUUCUCUCUCCCAUGUGCCCUUUUUUAAAUGUUUUUUUUGUGUGGGUGUGUGCGUAUGUGUGUCUGUCUUGGUGUGUGUAUGUUUGUGCGUCUUCUGUAAAAAUAAGAAAAAUGUUAUUUUUCCCGUUGCAUCUUGAUUAAGAUAUUGUAUGUUUCCUUUUUUAGGUAGCAUUGGUAACAUUGAGAUGUGAAACCAUAGUUGUUGUUUUUUUUGCCCUAUAUUAGUCAGACAUAAAAAACAAUCUAAUGUUGCCAAGUUGAUUAUUAAACUUAAUUAAAAAGCAUUAAUUUUAAGCAUAUUUGAUGCAGUGACAAGUAAGGUUCUUGGGAGCGCAGAUAUCGCCUACCUAGAAUUUGAUUGCUAGCUAGGUUAUUUUUCUACAUAUUGCUGGUAAGUAGUAGAAACUGUGACUGUACAGUAUUUACUGUUGACCUCCAACUCUCUGAAAUUCUUUUUGUUUUGUGUAUCUCGAUUUUUUUUUUUUCCUUUUUUUUCUCUGUGCUCCUUAGUAGUGAAGCCACCAACGUGAGUCGCUUGUUCAAUCUAUAUGAAAAUUGAGAGCACACCCCACUGGAGAAGCCGCUGUGCUAGCUAACGUUUGGUUCAUGACUUAAAAUACACGUUCAGGUGAUACAAUCUUGGCAGUGUUCACUGGAGUAGUGUGUAUUGUGAUAUACUUUUUUCCCAACCUUAGAAGAAUAACUAUCUACAAUGAUUAAAAGAAUAAAGGGAACAAACCUUCUCAAAUCUAGCAGCUAUCAAAGGUGUUAUCCCAGAGGAGGCUAAGGCUUUGUCACUGCUGGCGCCAGCAAAUGCUGUUGCAGGGAUUAUGUCCGGAGGAGGUCUCCUUCCAACACCUAACCCCAUGUCCAAUCCACAGAUGGGAGGCAAUCCUUUCGGUGGUCCCUCCAUGGAUGCGAUGGCAGCAUUUGGGUUUUCAAACCCCAAUAUGAAUAUGAAUCCCCAGUCUUUUCCUACUGAGCAGCUUCUGAAGUUUAUGACGCAGGUGGAUCCAAAAAUGAACCACAUGGGUGUAGGGAUGAACAUGAACAUGAAUCCGGGCCUGAAGGCAGACUCCUCCAACAAAGAGAUAGAAGUGGCCAUGAAGAGGGUCAGAGAGGCCCAGUCCCUAAUCUCUGCUGCCAUCGAGCCUGGUAACAAGGAGAGCAAGAGGAAGCACUCGCGUUCCAGGUCCAGGUCCAGACGCAGAAGGUCCCGUUCUCGCUCCAGACACAGGCGUUCAAAGAGCAGAUCUAAGCGACGUUCACACUCCAGGAGCAGGAGACGCUCCAAGAGCCCUCGAAGGAGAAGUGGGAGGUCCCACUCCAAAGACAGGAGCAAACCAUCACCAAGUAAAUCCAGGGAUAGGAAGAAAGAGGAGCGGGAUAAAAAGUGCUCCAAAACACCUCCAAAAAGCUACAGCACUACCAGGAGGUCUCGCAGUAUAGAUAGAAGGCGGAGGAAGAGUCGCAGCGCCAGCCGAUCUCCUAAGAAAUCCCCCAAGAGGAAAGUUUCCAGGACUCCCUCUCCUAGAAGACAUAAGAAGGAGAAGAAGAGGGACAAGGAAAGACAGAAUGAUCGAGAGCGCAGGUGCGAUAAAGACCGCAGUCGGGAGGAACGGAAGGAAAAGAAAGAAAGGAGUAAAGAUAAGGAACGGGAAAAGAAAACUGAUGGAGAGAAAGGCGACGUGAAGAUGUCUUUGCAGGUCACCAGAGACUAUGAUGAGGAAGAGCAGGGCUACGACAGUGAGAAGGAGAGGGAGAGGCUGGACAAGAAGGAUUCCGACCAGGACUCCGGAGCCCAGUCUCCUCACUCAGUGGAAGGCAAUGGCACUGAGACUCCCAAAGUCAAUGGUGACGACCACCGCGAAGAGGACGUCGACCACCACGAAGAGGACGACAUGGAUGUCAGUGAUUGAGUAACCUAAUCAUAGAGACGGGUGCAUAGAUCUCUGUACCCAACCCUCCAUUGUACCCAACCCUCCAUGCUGCACCGACCUUACUGUAUACAGGCUUCAAUCAACUCCAUCCCUCUUUAUCUCACUUGAAUUAUCUUUCUUUUGGAGUCACUAGACAAAAUAGAUCAAUUAGAAGAUGAACUUUAAGACUUCAGUUUUCUAAAUUUUCAGUUUGUACGGUGUGUACAUGAUUCUUUAUUUUGUCCUAAUUCGGUGGUUGAAAGGUUUAUUGCUGUAAUUUUAAGUGUAUACUCUAGCAAGUGUGCGACCUGUUUUUGUUUUUUUGCUUAAAGGAUAACGGCAUUUGACUUAGUUUCUACUCAUUGCUGGGAGCAGAAGCAGCCAGUUGCACUGCUUAACAAAUUCACUGUAUGUCCAUUUCAUCAGACAUGGCUGCUAGAUGGAGCAGUUUGCUGUGGACUUAGCUUUUCAUUCUUGAGCUUACUUUUGUAUUGUUGCCUCUAAUUCACAAUUUUUUUUGUCACUUCUGUACGUGGUAUAGUGUUCAUAUCCCAUCCGUUAUUAUACGGAAGCCGUAUAGUGAGUCUUGUGGUGCUAUAAUAACCACUCCUUAUAGCUCACCUAUUCACAAUACCCAUUAGAUCUUAUUCUUGUUGUCAUUCUUAUAAGUUUGUAUUGUUUUAUAUACAAUAAAAACCCAUGUGUAAAGA